AUGGCCACUGUCGCGGAGUUUCUGCGUGCUGGGACAUCUCUUCUCCAGGCUGUGUUGGCCAACGGCACGGAACCUAGCGAUGUAGGUCGCUGGAUCGAACAGUUUGAGUAUUUCGUGAAAAGGCUUAACCAUGAAACGACUGUCAAUAAUGCUGUCGGCGCGGCGGGCGCGGCGGGCGUGGAGAAGGCCUGCUGGAAGAUCUCGCAGGAUGUUCUUAUCCGGCUGAGGCGGCUCACGGCGAAGAGGACAGCGCCCUCUUCUGACAGCAUUGAUCUGAGUGAGAAUUUACGUAGUGUUCUCACUGAGCAGGAUAUCGAAUCUCUGCGUACACAGCUGUUUGGCAUUCAGAUGCGUUGGCAAAGUCUUCGACCAGAUGCCGAGACGCCGCUCAGCGAUAUUGCGUCCCAGCUGUCCGCCACCAUCUCGGAUCCUCCAGUCGGCCAGGACGAGACACUGCCGGGAUCAAAUGACAGCCCACAGAACAAGCCUGGGCGGGCCGCGCCAGGGCCGUCAAAAGAACUGCUCCAGGAUUUCAUCCUUGAAAGCCUGAGCUUCCAGUCCAUGGAGAGCCGGGAGCAAGACGUCGCCAAGGCACACGGUAACUCAUUCGAUUGGAUCUUCGACGGUGCCGGAAGCCGGGACCCGGCCAGCGAUCCCAGGUUCAAAGAGUGGCUCUCGACCGACAACUUGGGAAGCAUUUAUUGGAUCACCGGGAAGCCGGGAUCGGGCAAGUCAACCCUCAUGCGCUACCUCUCGGAGCACCGCGAGACCAGAAGAUCGCUCCAGGCAUGGGCGGGCGAAAGACAAGUUGCAAUCGCCGGCUUUUACUUCUGGGUCAGCGGAUCCGAGGACCAGCGGUCUCGGGUCGGACUUCUGCGGUCGUUGUUACAUCAACUGUUAUCACUCUAUCCCGGAAGCAUCCCCGCGGCGUUUCCUCGCCUCUGGCACAAACUGUCCGGCAUGACUUCGAAGGAGAGGGUCUCGAUGGGCUUCGAGUGGACCGGCCCUGAGCUCACAAGCGGGUUCUUGCGCCUUCUGGAGACCGGCCUCUCCCAGGCAAAGGUAUGCUUUUUCGUGGACGGGCUGGACGAGCUUGAUGGGGACCAUGAUAGCAUGAUCCGCUUUUUCCGCGACCUGGGGAGUGGGAAGCAUGCUUCACAGGUCAAGAUGUGCCUGUCUUCACGGCCGUGGCAGGUUUUUGAACGGGCGUUUGCGCGCUCGGUCCCCAACUUGCGCUUGCAAGAGCUGAUUCUGGGUGACAUGACCCACUAUGCCUAUGAUAGCCUACGGAGAAAUCAGCACGUCCGCCGAGCUCUCCGGCAGAACGCUGACGAGUCCGAGGAGCUCGUGCGAGAAAUUGUCGCAUCCGCCGAUGGCGUGUUUCUUUGGGCACGACUGGUGGUCCGAGAGAUCAUCAAGAAGUUUGGAAGCGGCGCUCAAGCGACCGUUGCGAAUAUCCGAGACCACCUAUCCAGUUUCCCCACCGAGCUCGCAGACCUUUUUGCAAAGCUCGUGUUCACAGACCAGUCAGAGAAGCAGUUGGUUGAGACGUCUAAACUGUUUCGACUCGUCCACGCUCGGGAGACGGUGGCCGAGUUCAUCAAGGACGACUCGGCCACGUCUUUGUCCAUCUGGGAACUGGCAUUUUCCUCGAAAGAUGAAGAUAACGGCCUUGCUCUGACGAGGUCAGUGGAAGAAGCAAAGGGUGACACAGUGGAGACUCUGGCCCGAAAAUUGGCUGGCCACAAGGUCACCUACCUUCAUCGAACGGUCCGCGACUGGCUCCUACACCCUGCCGGAAACCCCAUCUGGCUUCGGCUCGCAGCUGCCGUGGACAGCUCAGCUGCUUUCGACCCGCACCUGUAUCUGCUCCGGUCGUACGUCCUGCGGAUGAAACACCCUCUCGAGGAGAUCGAACACCACCGCCGCCUGGAUGAGUGGUACCCGGACAUUGCGCUCAGCCUCACGCACGCACGUCACAUCGUCAAGGACCACGAGGGCCUCCAGACCAGGCUGGUCAACGAGUUGGACAAGACGAUCUCUUGGUACUGGCUUACCAAGUCCUCAAGCCCCGGAGACCACUGGGCACGCAAUCGUUUUGGGACCUUUGAGGAGAGAAGGGGGGAUAAGCUUUCCAUUCCCUUCCCCUUCCUCGCGCUGUGUACCAAGUUUGGCCUAGAGCAGUAUGUCCUAGAUAGCUUGGACGCAAUGGCCAACACUGAGUCUGACGUGGAAGGAGACGCGCCUGAGAUUCCACGACACGCGGAGACAGCGCCAGCAACGGAAGAAACACCUCUCCUCUACCGGGCACUCGAGUUCCUCUGCUCUCGGCAGAAGACCAUCUAUCCUCUGUCUUCGCCAGCACUCGUCCAGUCUCUUCUGGUGUACUCUGAAAAGUACUCUUCACACGGCGUCCUGGGUCCCCUCAUUGGCAGUCCAAACAAGGAGUUCUGGACGAAGCUCCUGCAUGUCAAGAGCCCUACUCCGUGGAUCAUGGCGCUCCGGUCAGUUAGGGAUGCUAGGCGCAGGGGCUGGAUUAAGCCUUUUGAUAUCGACCACUUGGGCACCGAGAGAUGGACAAAGAUUAUAGAGUGCCUCGUCCUGGAGGGAGGCGCGCAUAGAGAGGCUAUUGUACACAAGGAUGGGUGGGACCCAGAGACAAAUGCUUUAGAGGUGCUGGGGAAUGGGGGCUUGCUUGAGGGCUACGGGGACUGGUGGAUUGAGGAUAGACUUGGGGGGCUCUUUAAGGGCCAGGCAGUGCUCACCUCGCUCAACAUGUUCUCCAAGCAGCCCAAGUUUACACCCAAGACACUGCCAAAACCGAAGAUCCGCACCGUCAGCGUCGAAGUACCAAAAAAGCCCAGCACCCCGGUGAACGGGACACGCGCAACGGGUUCAAGCAGUUCGCCCCGCCCCUCGACGUCGUCAAUAGUCGCAAGAGGUACAAGCAGGCUAGCCAACGGUCGCUCGAGAGCCAGCAAGAGCCCCUUCACCUCGUCCGACGAGAAGGGCUUCCUCGCCCCACCCGCAAACGGUCGCAAGCGCAUACGCUCCCCCGCCACCGACAGCGAUCGCGUCGCCUUCGACUCGGACGGGGACAGCGCCGAAGACGAUGACGACGACUGGGAAAGCCGUUUGAAGCGCCGCAAAAUGUCUACGCGCAUGGACCCCAACCGCAAGCUGCAGCACUCUGCGCUGGCCGAGCUUGCUGCGAACGGCUACAAGGAUACCGGCAAGGCGCCCAAGAUCAUACACGCCGCAGAUGUCAUAUCGAUCGAGCAAGGGGACAAGCCUUACUUUCCGGGUGUCGACCCAGAGGAGCUCGUGGUCAAGCUGCAGUACCCGGGCUCCCUGACACGAGAGCGAUUCGUGCUUUCUGAGUCCAAAGACAAGCUCAACGUCGUCGAGGACAUCAAAAAAGUCGUGCAAAAUGUUCAGGAAACAUUUCUUACACCAGCGCAAGCCAAGGAGUACGGAUUUAAGGACAUCAUUCGACAGCUCGAGCGCAACUCGAACCCUCAGAUCUUGAAUUUGGCAGGGUACAAGGCAGCCAUAGAAAAGUACAACAAUGCUGUGCUCCACCUUCUCAAAACCGGCGCCAUCGUUGCAGCCAUCGACAAGCAACACGAGCUGUCCGAGGGCCUCAUCGACAUGAUCCUAACCCAAGUUUAUGACCGUGUGGUCACUCCCAAGGUCGACAUCCUUAAGAAGUAUGACAACGGCACCGACAACGUCUAUGGCGAGAUGAACAGAAGCUUUGUGCGCCAGGCGCUUUGCGAGAACGUGCAGAUGAAAUCGGACCAGGUCUUUGUCGAUCUCGGGUCGGGUGUCGGAAAUGUGACACUCCAGGCAGCACUCGAGAUUGGGUGCGAGAGCUGGGGCUGCGAGAUGAUGGAGGGCCCGGCGACGCUGGCUAAAGAACAGCACUCGGAGUUUCGGGCCAGAUGCAAGCUCUGGGGGAUUCAACCAGGCAGGAUCCGGUUCGUGCAUGGCAAUUUCACCAAGGAGGAAGCCAUUAGAGAUGUUCUCAAGCGCGCUGACGUGGUCUUGGCCAACAAUUUUGCAUUCACACCGCAGUUGAAUGAUACUCUCAAGAUAAUGUUCUUGGAUCUGAAGGAGGACUGCAAGCUUGUGUCGCUCAAGAACUUCGUCAGCUCCUCGGCAUACCACACGAACGACAUCGCCACGCAGAUCCUCGACGUUAAGAAGUACAAGUGGCCCCAAAACGGUGUUAGUUGGACCGUGUCCCAGGGAGACUACUUCAUCGCGACCAAGAAGUAG